AUGCCUGAAGAAUAUAUUAAAGUGGUACAAGAUCCCCAAACGAAAAUAUGGAAAUCUGUAAAUUAUCCAUAUGGCGAUAUUGCGAAAUUGUCAAUUGGCGAGAAAUUCCUGCAAACAAUGCGUUCCGUGGAUCCAAAUAAAAUUAUUGAUCAUUUCUAUGAUACAAAUACAACAAAAACAGCCAAAGAUGUCUACGAACAAUCGAUAUUAAUUGCCAUUAAUUUGCAACGUUUGGGCAUCAAGAAGGGAGACUGUGUCAUUUUCUAUUCAAUGAAUAACGAAUGGGUAGCUGUGCUGUCGCUGGGUUGCAUUUUAAUUGGUGCCUUACCGAACUAUUGUGAGGUACAUUUGGAUGAGGAAUCGACAACUGGUUUAUUUGAUCUCCUCGAAGCCUCAGCAAUUUUCUAUGAAGAAAAAUAUCUCAAGAAAAUUCAAGGAUGUCUAGCCAACUCCAAACAUAAAAAUUACCCACAGUUAAUAGUCAUCAAUGGUGAACAGCAACCAAAUGUCAAAAAUGAUUUACUAAAACAACCAGAACACCCCAUAGAUUUCGAUAACUUUAAAAGUGUAGAAAUCAAAGACACCCGCGAUGAAAUAGCCAUCUUAGCCUUGACAUCCGGUUCAACAGGGCUACCAAAAAUUGUACAAAUCACCCAUGCCCUAAUGUUACAUGGCAUUACCAUUUGGUGGGAUAAUGAUGAAAAUUACGCCCCCUUGGAUGAAAAUUCGGUGGUCUUCUCUUUCAGUCCCCUGCGAUGGAUAAGUCAAGUAGCUGUAAUGUUACAAUCAAUGUUAUUUGGCAUAAAGCGCGUAAGUUCGUGUGGUGCGCCCACUGGAGAAUAUGGUUUUGCAGUUCUACGCAGUAGUGGCAUUACACAUUUAUUUGUGGCACCCUCGAUCUACCAUGAAAUUCUAUUACAAUUGGAUGAAAACGAUAAGGAAAGUUUAAAGAGUAUUCGCAGUAUACAACUGGGAGGAGAGCCGGCAUCAAAAGUCAUCUUGGAAUUAUCCAAGAAACAUGCAGUGAAUGCAAAGAAUUUCCAUUGUUAUGGUAUGACCGAGAUGAGUACGGUGAUCACUAAUGAUAUAUAUAUAAAUGGUGGCAAACCAUUACCCGGUUAUGAGGUACAAAUAUUGGAUGAUCAAUGUCGGCCAUUGGUUGCUAAUCAACCGGGGCAAAUUGCUUUGAGACCACCAUACCCAUUAAAGGGUUAUAAAUCGCUAGAUAAUUCGGUGUAUUACAAUGAGCAGGGACUUUUCGUUAAUGGUGACUAUGGGUUGAUCGAUGAACGGGGAAGAUUGCAUGUUUUGGCUAGAUAUAAGGAUUUAAUUAAAAACAAUGGUGAAGUGAUCAUACCCAAUGCUUUGGAAUAUAUCGCAAUUAAUAUACCCGAGAUUUAUGUUGCCCGCAUGGCUGGUUAUUGCAAGACACCAAAUGAUCCCAAUGAAGUUGCAGCUUUUUUCGUUGUUCUCAAUUCAAAUGUCACUGCUAGCCAGAAUGAAAUUUCGGCGAAAAUUAUGGAUGCCAUAAAACCCCAUCUCAAUGAGAGACAAUUGGCAAUGAUUGAGAAAAUUUAUUUCGUGGACUCAAUACCAUUGACAACAUGUGGCAAGGUGGAUCGUGUGGCCUUGAGGAAAUUGGCUGCAUGUAAAGCAUGA